CGUGGUUUGGAGUUUGGAGGGAAGAGCAGUGAUUGGUUAGAAUGUUUUCCAGACUCUAGCCAAUAGGAGUCUGACACACUCUUAUAAAUACUGUGAUCGGGAACACGACGAACCACUAUUUCACUGUGACAUUACAGUAUUUGCUACUAAUCGAAAAUGAGCGGCAGAGGUAAAACCGGCGGUAAAGCGCGAGCAAAGGCUAAAACUCGUUCCUCCAGGGCAGGACUGCAGUUCCCCGUCGGUCGUGUUCACAGGCUGCUCCGCAAAGGAAACUACGCACAGCGCGUUGGUGCCGGUGCUCCUGUUUAUCUGGCCGCUGUGCUCGAGUAUCUCACCGCUGAAAUCCUGGAGUUGGCUGGAAACGCCGCUCGGGACAACAAGAAGACUCGUAUCAUUCCCCGUCACCUGCAGCUGGCAGUGCGGAACGACGAGGAGUUGAACAAACUCUUGGGUGGAGUGACCAUCGCUCAGGGUGGUGUGCUGCCCAACAUCCAGGCUGUGCUGCUGCCCAAGAAGACCGAGAAACCCGCCAAGAAGUAAACGGACUAAAGUCUGAUUCACUGAAACACAAAGGCUCU